GGAAGAGGCGGAGCGGCAGCAGGAAGGAGGAGGGGAGAAGGAGAGGAGGAGAAGACGAGAGGAGGCUGAGGCGGCUCCAGCGCUCCCUGACCCCGCAGCACCCCCGGGACCACCGCCCCCAUCCCGCAGACAAGGAGCUGAGCAUGGAGGCCAGGGAGGACAAAUCACUGCAGCAGAACCUCGUGGAAGAGGCUGUUUUGAGCAGCUCCACAGCACAGGAAUCCAAUGGGGAGGAAAAGCCCUGGACAUCCUGCACGAAGAGGGGCUGCAAACCCAUCCCAGGGUGCUCUGAGGAAGAAAGACCCACGCUGUGCCAGGAGGGUGGACAGAGCUUCAGCGACAGCUCGGACCUGGUGGUCCAUGAGGGGUUCCAUGAUGAGAAGCCCCACAAGUGUGAGGAAUGUGGGAAGAGCUUCAACUGGAGGUCCCGCCUGAUCCGCCACCAGAUGAUUCACACUGGGGAGAAGCCCUACGAGUGUCCUGAGUGUGGGAAGUGCUUCAGAGACACCCCUGGACUGAUCAUCCACCAUCGCAUCCACACCGGGGAACGGCCCUUCGAGUGUGGGGAAUGCGGCCAGACCUUCAACCGGAGCUCCCACCUCACCUCCCACCAGAGGAUCCACACUGGGGAGAGGCCCUACGAGUGUCCCCAGUGUGGGAAGACCUUUCAGACCAGCUCGCUCCUCCUCACACACGAGCGGAUUCACACGGAUGAGAAGCCCUUCCGCUGCCCUGACUGCAGGAAGGGCUUCAAGCACAGCUCCCACCUCACCAGGCACCGGCGCAUCCACACCGGGGAGAAGCCCUACGAGUGUCCCGAGUGUGGGAAGAGGUUCAGAACUAGCUCAGUCUUGAAUCAACACCAGUGGAGACACCGGUAAGUUAAGCCCUGCGAGUGCCCCAGCUGUAGGAAGAGCUUCAUCCUCUGCUCCAACUCCAUCCCCCAUCAGAGGAUCCUCACUGGGCAGAGUCCUGGUGACCCACAUUUGUGGUCAUCCAGGUUGGGAAGACACCUGGCUGGUGGUCCCCACGUCCUCCUGGAUUCCUGUAGGCACCCGGAUGAACACAGGGGCAGGAACAUGUAUUGAGACUCAGAUCAACACUGGAAAUUCAUUGGGAAGAGCUGAUUUUUUUACCUUGUCUUCGUUUGAAAGACGAGUAUCUGCUAAGGAGAGCAGGAGCCUCCCUUGGAAUGGAAAGUGUAAACCCCCUCCCUCCCAAUGAUUAUAAUUUUGAAAUUAAGGAGCUCUUAGGCAAAGAUAUGAGAAUAGAAAUAACAGUUCUUUGAGAAUAGGAAUAACAGUUCUUUACUAGUACGUAUAAUAAAGCAAACAAACAAGAACAAUUAGAGCAUUAACAACAAACAGAACCACAAACCCUGUGACAGCCUCCUUGGCCGCGGGCACUUUCCCCUGAUUCCCCUGCAGCUGCAGGGGACGCUGUGGUGCGAGCUCAGGGAGCACGUGGUGAUGGCAGCUUGACCAAAGACUGGCUGUGCUUCAGAAAGCCUGAGGCGGUGAAUCCCCGUGCCCUGGCAGGACUCCUGGAAGCAGCAAGAUGUGUCAGCAGGCAGGGGGUGCGGGGCUGCAGUGCAGGGAACGCUCGGAGCACUGCAGAAGAAGCAGCAGGGCUGGGGCAGCUGCAGCCCAGCUCCCAGCAGGACAGGGAGGGGCGAGCUCAGGAUCCCAGGCACCCAAGCAGAUGGUGAUAGAUCCGUCUUUUAGUGAGUAACACUUGAGAAACAACCGCUCGCUUUGAAAUGUCAAUGGUUUAUUAAACCUUAACAAUCGGACUGAACAAAAGGACUGAAUAAGGAGAAGGGGACGGCACUGGGAGCGUGGCUGACUGCCAGAGGUUCAUCCACCAAAUGGCUGCUCUGAGUGGGACCCAGUGGGACCCGCAGUCACUGCCAGUAUGGUUCCAGUCACUCCCAGUAUGAUCCCGGUCACUCCAGGAGACUGAGCGAGCUGAGCUACCCACAGCAAGGACUUUCUGAAUUCACCAUGCCACUUCAGAGCAACGAAAGGUUUCAUUAUUUCAUAUUAUUCAUUCUUUAUGCUUGCAGGCACUUUGUUUGUUAAAUAAACAGUUUCAUUAUUUCCGUUUUUCUCCAAGGAAGUCUUCCCAGACUGGUUGUGGUGUAUCGUUCCAGACACUCCCAGUAUAUCCCAAUUCCCCUCAGCAAGCCUAUAGUCAUUCCCAGUCACUCCCAGUUGCCCCAGUAAAGUUCUAGUUACCUCAGAAUGAUCCCAGUCUUUCCUGGUUACUCCCAGUUGCCUCCAGCAUGAUCCCAGUUUCUGUCAAUUGCCCAAAGUAUAGCCCCAGUUGCUCCCAGAAUGAUCCCAGUGGUGGCCUCAGUCCCCUCAGCACGGUUCCAGUCCCUUCCAGUUGAUCCCAGUUACUCCCAAUGUGUCCAUAUUUUCCUCCCAACCUGGGCCCAGUAGAUCCCAGUAACUCCCAGUCAGGAUCCAUUCCCACCUGCUGUAAUCCCAGUGGCUCCCAGGAUGAUCCCAGUGGGACCCGUAGUCACUGCCAGUAUGGUUCCAGUCACUCCCAGUAUGAUCCCGGUCACUCCAGGAGACUGAGCAAGCUGAGCUACCCACAGCAAGGACUUUCUGAAUUCACCAUCCCACUUCAGAGCAAGGAAAGCUUUCAUUGUUUCAUAUUAUUCAUUCUUUAUGCUUGCAGGCACUUUGUUUGUUAAAUAAACAGUUAUUUCCACUUUUCUCCGA